CAGAGUUGCCACUGGCAACCUGCCAGCACUGUUAGGCGUUUGUUGUGAAAUUUACCUGAUUUACUUUUGCCAUUUUCCGGUGGCCAUGGACGAAUCCUCGCGACAGCACAUGGAGGACUGCUUCCUGCGCAGCCCCAGCGACAUCCGCACCACCAACGUGCCCGCGGUGCCGAAAUCACAGGCGGCGGACAACAAGUCCCGGAAAACGGAGCUGCACGUCCUCCGGCUGAACGACGAGUCCCGCCAGAUGACCAUGGACACGCUGCGCCAGAUCCAUGGGCCCGACUUCCAGCUGGACGACAUCAGCAAGUACAAGGAUCGCGGACGCGGCGGCCACGGCGUGAAACACUCGUACUGGCAGGAUCGCGGCACCCUGGUCGUCCAGAGUGUCCAGGGCGUGAGCUCCUCGCGUGGCGGCAACGACAGCGAUGGGGAUCGCCUGCGUCGCUAUGCCCUGGCCAAGCUGGAGAACUAUGGCUUCCAGGCUGUCCACUGCUUGGAGGCCUAUGAGCACUGCUCCGGCGACACAGAGGCCGCCCUGUUGCUACUCUACCGACGCUACAUGAGGAUUCCCGAGGAGGAGCAGCUGACCCUCGAGCCACCCGGCGAGCAGGAACUGCUGGACAUGCGCGCCGAGGAGAAGGAGGCCCUGGAAUCCAUCUACGAUCAGGCAUACGAGGAGCGCGAGGCGAAUCGGGUGUGGAAUCUCAAGUUCCGCAUCGAUCACCUGCUUGCCCACAGUCCCUCGGAGGUGCGGAAAGCCAGGGAGGCGGUCCUGGCAGCUGCUGCUGCCGCUGCCCAGGCGGCGCUGGACAAGAAGAAGAAGGCACCGCAGCGGUGUCGCAACUUUGACCGCGACGGCACAUGCAAGUUCGGCCCCAAGUGCCGGUUCGCCCACCUGCCACCGCAGCCCACGGAAGCGGACAUUGCCAAGAAGGACAGCGUUGACGAGAACGACAACGAAUUGUGGUUCCAUGUGGAGGUGCGCUUCCCGCCGGGCAGCCGCUAUCCAUAUGAGGCACCCUUUGUAUACCUGAAAACCACCUGCCACGACAUCCCGCACGAGCUGCGCCUUCGCUACGCCCGCCACCUGUACAAAGAAGCUAGAGAGAUCUGCCGCGAUGGCAUUCCGUGUGUGUACAGCAUCUGCGACCUGUUGCAGUCCAAUGAACAGCUAUCCGGUCGUCUGGACACGUCACCUUUUCCCUCGCCCAAGCGCUCAAUAUUCCACGACGAACCAGAGGGCGGUGGCGCCGAUCAGAAUGGUUUGGAUCAGCAGGCGCCAAAGCCAACGCAUUACGCCCGUGGGCAAACGUCGCGAAAUGAUGGAGGCCAUCAGCGGAAUGUGGAGGCGCAGAGCCGGGAGAAUCGUCGCCUGCUGCAGCAGUUCGUGGAGCGGCGAAAGGAAGAGCGCUACCAGAAGGUCAUUGAUGGCCGGAAACAGCUGCCAGCGUUCGCCGAAAUUGAACGUAUACUGGCGCUAAUCGAAAGCUCGCCUGUGGUGGUCAUAUCCGGUGAAACGGGUUGCGGAAAGAGUACCCAAGUGCCACAGUUCAUCCUAGACAAUUGGUUUUUCCGCUCCCUCCAACUGCCGGCGAGGGAGAACUUGCCCCACGUGGAGAUCAUUUGCACGCAGCCACGACGUCUUUCGGCCAUCGGAGUGGCGGAGCGUGUGGCUGCCGAGCGGCUGGAUCGCAUUGGUCAGCUGGUGGGCUACCAGAUACGGCUGGAGAACAAGGUGUCGCAGAGCACGCGCCUCAGCUUCUGCACCACGGGCAUUCUGUUGCGCCGCCUGGCCUCCGAUCCGCUGCUGGGCAGCGUCACCCAUGUCAUAGUGGACGAAGUGCACGAACGUUCCGAGGAAUCGGACUUCUUGUUGCUCAUCUUGAAGAAUUUGUUGCAAGAACGCAAGGAUCUCAAAGUAAUCCUCAUGUCGGCCACUCUAAAUGCCACUCUCUUUUCGGAUUACUUUGGUGGAGCUCCCGUGCUGGACAUUCCUGGUCGCACUUUUCCCGUCCAGCAGCUCUUCCUGGAGGAUAUUGUGGAGAUGAGCGAUUUCGUCAUGGAGUAUGACACCAAGUACUGCCGUAAGCUGAAGAAACAUGAACAGGACGUCCUGGAGCGUGAGCUGGAGUACGCCGAUGUCCAGGCUUCCGGGCAGGCGCCAGGAAAGAAGAUCAAGGAUGAAAAACUUACUCUGGCCGAGAUCUAUCAGCGUUAUGCGGAAUACAGCAAGCCCACGUGCAAGAGUAUUUACCUGAUGGAGCCAAUGACCAUCAAUCCGGAACUGAUCGAAUCCGUACUUAAAUACAUCGUUGAAGGCUCCCACGAUUGGCCGCGCGAGGGAACUAUACUCAUCUUUCUUCCCGGCUUCGGGGAGAUCCAAACCGUGCAUGAUUCUUUGAUGGAUAAUGCCCUCUUCUCGCCACGUGCCGGCAAAUUCAUCCUGGUUCCCUUGCACUCUGCUCUCUCUGGCGAGGAUCAGGCGCUGGUAUUUAAGAAGGCGCCACCCGGUAAAAGGAAGAUUGUGCUAAGCACGAACAUCGCCGAGACCUCGGUGACCAUCGACGACUGUGUCUUCGUGGUAGACUGCGGCCUGAUGAAGGAGAAGUGUUUCGACUCAAACCGUAAUAUGGAAUCACUGGACCUGGUCUGGGUCUCCCGUGCCAAUGCCAAGCAGCGCAAGGGUCGUGCCGGUCGCGUGAUGCCGGGAGUGUGCAUUCACCUGUAUACCAGUUACCGCUACAACCACCACAUUCUGGGCCAGCCGGUGCCGGAGAUCCAGCGUGUGCCGCUUGAGCAGAUUGUGUUGCGGAUCAAGACCUUGCAGACGUUCGCCUCGCGCAACACGCUUUCGGUUCUCCUGGAGACCCUGGAGGCGCCCACAGAGGAUAGUGUUCUGGGUGCGCUAACACGUUUGAGGGAUGUGGGAGCUCUAGAUGCGGAGGACCAGUUGACGCCGCUGGGUCACCAUCUCGCCGCCCUGCCUGUGGACGUGCGCAUUGGCAAGCUGAUGUUGUACGGGGCAAUCUUCCAGUGCCUAGACAGCGUACUGACCAUCGCCGCCUGCCUGAGCAAUAAGUCGCCGUUCGUAAGUCCCAUGAGCAAGCGCACGGAGGCGGACAAGUGCAAAAGGAUGUUUGCCCUGGGCAACAGCGAUCACCUCACCGUGCUGAAUGCGUACAGGAAAUGGCUGGAUGUGGCGCGUAGGGGUAACUAUGCAGCCAGCAGGAACUACGCCAGUGAGCACUUUCUGUCGCUGAACACGCUUGAGACGAUAGCCGACCUUAAGUACCAGUACCUGGAGCUACUCGUUUCCAUUGGCUUUGUGCCCAUCAAUGUGCCUCGGAGGCGCAAGAAUGCCUGCGACAAUAUUCUCACACUAACAGGUGUGGAGCAGAAUCACAACGGCGAUAACAACAGGCUGCUGACCUCGCUCCUUUGCGCCGCCCUCUAUCCAAACAUCGUAAAGAUAAUGACGCCGGAGCGCGUCUACGUCCAGACGGCUGGCGGUGCUGUGCCACGCGAGCCGAGCCACCAGGACUUGCGCUUCAAGACGCGCGGCGAUGGCUAUGUAAAGAUUCACCCGUCGUCUGUCAACUCGCAUGUGGCUGUCUUCCAGGCGCCCUUCCUUGUUUACCAAGAGAAGGUGCGCACCAGCGCCAUCUACAUCCGGGACUGCUCGAUGCUGCCACUCAUCGCCAUGGUCCUGUUUGCCGGCAGUGACUUUAAGGUGGAGCUUCACGACGGCGACUUCCUGUUCCUGCUGGAGAGCGGCUGGAUUAUCCUGAAGGCCCACGACCUCGAGACCGCCGAGAUGGUGCAGUGCCUGCGGUCGGAGAUGAUCAAGCUGCUGGAGGAGAAGAUUCGCGACCCGUGCCUUAACCUGCUGCACCACAAGAACGGCUGCCGGAUGAUCGGCAACAUAGUCCACCUGAUCAGUAAAAAUAGCUGAGACCCUCAUUUCACAACUACCCAAAUCGAUUGUACAUUUUGUGUAAUAGCAGUUGUAGCCGAUAUUUAAAAUACCUGUAAUAUACGCCAAACGAGACCAAUAACGAAUCACCGAAUCGAUGGCUUUAAACCACG